CGUCCACCGACCAUUGCAGUGGCGCCCGCGUACGGACGAGUCGGGAAAACGGCGUUAUUGCCAGAGUAACGGUGACCCAGCCAGUGAUUUGCCAGGAUCAUGUCGUGUCAGUGCGCGCAGAGACAUCGCCGGCCAAAUCGCUCCUACGGGCCGUGCACCGUUCACGGUUGCCGUGCGGACUCGCAGGGGUGAAAGUUUGCAGUUUGGGGGAGAAAGAGAGCUCGCAUGGACGCUACCUGAACGUCACGAUCAUCCCCCAGGAUGAUCGCAAUGUGAUCGAGGAGAACUGUCUUCUCUUCUCUUCUUGGAAAAUAGAUUUUGUUUUCUCUCUUCUCCUCGUUAUUAUAUAUUUAUCAAUCUUUCAAGUACUCUGUGAGAAUUUCGAGUGAUCGUGUCGAGGAAAAUGUGACACACGUGGGGAGAAAAAAAAUAUACGAGUAUCCCUAAAGUCUAGAAUAAGAAAUGCUCUCUCAUGUUGGGAAAAAGAAAGGAAAUUUCCAAGAUAAAAUAUAAAUAAUUUGGUGCAUGGGAAAAGAAGUUUUUCUUAGGAAAGAAGAAAGUUCGGCAAAAGUCGAGCCGAAUCGAAGUUUCACUGUAUCUUAGAGACAGAGAAAGAGAGCUAUUAUUAAACAAAUUAUUCGCUAUGAACGCGAAACGCGCCGCGUCAUCCUGUCAUCGUGGGGUGACAAUGAUUGCUCAGGAAUAGAUCGAGAUUUCGCGUUUGGAUGGCUUGCAAACGAAAGCGAAAAAAGCUCGAGAUACGACGUGUCUGAGGAAACGAGGUCUCCGAAACCCUGUGCCACUGCGCCAUUCAGGAUGGCGUAGCGGCACAAGCUCGAAUAUAUAGAGACCCAAAGCAUUUUAACGAGAGUGAAAAUAGUCAUGCGGUAGCAUGGACUAAACGAGGAGCGCUUUAGAGUCUCGAUUAGCCCGAUCAAUUUCGGCGCUUUUCCCCCGGAAUUGGGCGAAGGCAGAUUAAACACCAUCCUGAACAACAGCCCUGGCAUCCAUGGUGGUGAUUCCCGGCGAUGAUCGGGUACAAUCAACACAAUUCCGGCUACAACAAGCUAUUCACCCAGGGCUCGGCGGACUCGAACUACUCGCAGCCGAGCUCGGAUCUCUCGCUGGACGAGGAGAAGGAAACCAUACGACGCGAGAAGGAGAGGCAGGCCCUCAAUCAGCUCGAAAAAGCCAGAUCGAAGCCGGUAGCGUUUGCAGUGCGGACCAACGUCAGCUAUGAUGGAUCCGUCGACGAUGAUUCACCCGUCCACGGCUCCGCCGUCAGCUUUGACGUCCGUGACUUUCUUCACAUCAAGGAGAAGUACGACAACAACUGGUGGAUUGGCAGGCUCGUGAAAGAGAACUGCGACGUGGGUUUCAUCCCGUCGCCGGUGAAGCUGGAGGCCUUAAGGUUACAGGCGAGCGCCGCGCGUGGCACGAAAGGCCUGUACUCGACGCGAGGAGGGUCUUCAGGGAACCUUGGCGAGAGUGGUAUGCCCUCACGUGGUUCCACACCACCUACGCCAGGUGACGACAGCGACAGCGUCGGGAACGUACGACCCGGCAAGGCGACCCUGACGACCCCACCCGCUAAGGAGAAGCGGAAGAACUUCUUCAAGAAGCCGUCCUACGAAACGACGACCCCCUACGACGUGGUACCAUCCAUGAGGCCCGUGGUACUGGUCGGGCCGUCGCUCAAGGGUUACCAAGUGACAGAUAUGAUGCAGAAGGCACUCUUCGAUUUCCUCAAACAUCGCUUCGAAGGCAGAAUUAUUAUUACGAGGGUAAUGGCAGAUAUUUCGUUAGCGAAAAGAUCCUUGCUGAACAAUCCAACUAAACGAGCAAUCAUGGAACGAUCGACCAGCAGGAGCAGCUGUUUAGCGGAAGUUCAGCAAGAGAUCGAGAGGAUCUUCGAACUGGCUAGAACUCUGCAGUUAGUCGUUUUGGACUGCGAUACCAUAAAUCACCCAUCGCAGUUGGCGAAGACCAGCCUGGCGCCCACGAUUGUCUACUUGAAGAUCUCUUCGCCGAAAGUUCUGCAGAGGCUGAUUAAGACCCGAGGGAAGUCGCAGAUACGUCACCUCAAUGUGCAGAUGGUGGCCGCGGAAAAACUGGCGCAAUGUCCGCCAGAGAUGUUCGACGUCAUCCUAGAUGAAAAUCAAUUGGAGGAGGCGUGCGAACACGUGGCCGAGUAUCUGGAAGCAUAUUGGAGGGCGACGCAUCCGCCGGAUUUUACCUCGGUGCCACGCGCCGUGCCUGCACCUGAUGCACCGACAGACACAUAUUCGCAACGCGUGCCAUCAGGUGCCCCUCAUGAGCCUUAUUAUCAACGAAGAGGAGCCAGUUACGGUGCCGGUGACGUCAGCGGCGGGACAAGAAGAUCGCGGCUGGAGCGGAUGGAUCGCGAUCGGGGCGAUCGCAUGGAUCACGAUUACGGCGAGGAGGAGCACGGCGUCGAUUACGGUAGUGCCUCGAGACGUCGCCAGCAGCAGGACUCGCGCGCUCUUAAUGCUAUUUAGGAGCUGGGGCCCCGGGGCCUGUCGCUACAGCGCUGUCCCCAUCUGCGCACCACCGCCCUAUAGUAGCGGGCUCGCCUUCUUCCGGUAAACGCUACCGAGACGCUAGGAAGUGCGCUACCUCGCGAUAAGAUCGCUGCGCUCUGUUAGUGGGGCUGUUUUCUGUCGCGCUAAGGAAAAAAGGGGGAUGAAAGGGGGAGGGAGAAAAAUAGGAAUAAUUGUAAACGCGCCACCGACCGAGUUUUGAAAGACGCUGUACCAUAUAUCGAUCUCGUUUGACCGUCGACGAUUUAUCUUCGCGUACCUGUUCACAAUCUAGGGAAACCUCGCCAUCAGUCGCCAGCAGCGUGCACGCUAUAUAUGAUCUCCCGGAAGACGCUUGAACUUUUUGUAUUUCGCGCUGCAAAAGAAAGUACAUGCUGUUAAGGUCUGUUUUAUCGACCAUAUAGGAAAAUAUUAUUUUUAUUUAACUCUUUGU